AUGAAUCGUCAAUCUUGCUUAAUUAUUGCAUUUUUCUUUUCCCUUCUAUUUAUUAGCGUUUCUACUACUUACCUUGAUGUCAAACAAAUUGUGCCUUUGCCGCUCGCCGUCACAAAAAAGAUUGGAGAAAAUAAAAUUAUUGUAAAUGUCUCAUGGACUUCAACCGGAGAAAUACUAGCUGCAAAAGCCAAAGGUAGACUUAGGUGCCAUCCUCAUGAUGCUGUGACUGUCUUAAAUGGACUUCAGGACCAUGUGGUUGGCGAUAAUCAUACCUCUUACGAAGUAGAAGUUCACAAAAAGGAUGCUUUGGUAUCGUGUAGAACGGGAAUUCAGGAUGGUGUAAUUUUCACGUGGAAAUUUUUCUUCAAAACUUGA